CAACUGUUUUUAUAAAAAGUUUAAGGGGAAGGACCAUUGUAAAGGAACACUAAUCUGGAACGAUAGAUUUUUCCAGCCAUCGCAACCUCAUGACUGUAUUCUUGAUCCACUUUUCAAAAAAAAAGCGAAACUUCAGAAAACUCCUUAAAAGUAAAUGUCAUAUCGGAUGUGACAAGAAAAAAGUCUACGAUCAAGUUGCUUUAUUAUGCCCAGAAGCCGCAGUGGUUUUGCCGUAUAAGUCAAUGAGGAGUACCUUGAAGCGAUGGACAAGUCCUCCCGUGACUUACCCGGCAAUAACAAAAGGGAUCGAGGAGCUGUACAGUGUUAUGAUCAAGGAUGAAUACCAAGAUUUGCUUGAGUACAGUGGUGGAAGGCUGAAAGUAGAUUUGAUUAAAACUACGAACAGCACUUCACUUCUUAUAUGGAAUCCAGAGUACAUGAUUAAAUUUAAAAAUUGUGAAAUGUUGUGCGGUGAUGGCACUUUUUCUCAAUAUCCUGAUAUUGCACCUAAAAAAGUAACCAAGUAUCAUCAACUCUACGUAAUCCACGCCAUAUGGGAAAAUACGUGUUUCCCUGUGGCUUGGAUUUUGCUUGACCGAAAGACACAAAAUGCAUAUAAAAGUAUUUUCAAGGUGAUUUUUAAAAAGUUCAAGGAUUAUAAUCCUUGA